CGUGUGUACUUGUGUCAGGGAUCAUCGCAUGGUUGAAGACACACACUUGCAGUGCCAAAGUUCAAUAAUUCUUCACUAUUAACCAUCACCGUCUGCUUCUAUUUUCCUGAUUAGUACUAGAAAUGAGGCUACACCAACUCAUUUUGUUCCUGUUGUUACUCUUUGUUGCGAAAGCGAAGGGGUCUCUACUACCAUUCGAUCCUCCCAGAGGCAUUUUGGCGGAGCUCUUGUCUGAUCGAUUCCCAGACCCGUUUCAUGUGCUGGAACAAAUUCCAUUUGGGGUGGAGAAAGAUGAACAAUCGAUGGUGAUGUCAGGUGCUAGAGUGGACUGGAAGGAGACCCCGGAGGGGCAUGAAAUAAUGGUGGACGUGCCAGGGUUGAAGAGGGAAGAGAUAAAGAUAGAAGUGGAAGAGAAUAGGGUGCUGAGAGUGAGUGGUGAAAGGAAGAGAGAAGAGGAGAAGAAAGGGGAUCACUGGCACAGAGUGGAGAGGUCCUACGGCAAGUUCUGGAGGCAGUUCAGGUUGCCACAAAAUGUGGACUUGGACAGUGUGAAGGCUAAGCUCGACAAUGGGGUUCUCACUCUGACUCUCAACAAGUUUUCACCGGAAAAGAUCAAGGGUCCCAGGGUGGUCACCAUUGCAGGGGAGGAUCAGGAGCCACCCAAGCUCACCAAUGAUGGGACCAAGCAGGAACUUUGAGUCACUUGCUGCUCAAUCAUCUUCAUGUCAGUUCUUCUGUGUUUCACUAUCUGUCAUCAUAACGAGAACAAAAAUGUUUUCUAAGUUUGUGUUUACUUUGUGAAUAAAAAAGGUUUCCACCACCACCUAUGGUGGAAUGUCUUACUUUUUCA